CAAACAUUCAACACUGUCAUUCAAGCAUGGCUGACCACAUCACUUGAGAAGGAUUUUCAGAAGGAAAAGAGGACAAACAAAAGCUGCUUCCUAACUGGCAAUUUCAUUCUCCUCGAUCUCCUCAGAACUUCCUCUUCUCUUCUUCUCCAGCACCUGGCCUUGCCACUACAAUAGAAGACUCACCCUGUUGCACCUUCGUUAUUCUCCUUACUUCCAGACUCCGUAAGCUUAAGAAGGGUCUUGCGGAUUUCACUAUCUAUAAGCUUGCAUUUUCACUCACCCUCGCCCUUGACAUUGUUCUCAGCAGCGCAAUCAAUAUUCCCUUCGCCAAUAGUCGAUUUCACCUAACUUCAGUUGUCCGCUCAGUUGGUUACCUAUCCUUUAUGCCCUUCUCCGCAACAGAGAACCUUCCUCCGUCAACAACAAAGGAUACCAGUUGAAAUGGAGGUCGAUCAAGCACAUUUCCGGCGGCAGCUGCUCCCCAUCUUGAAGAACAUUGCAAAUGCAACCUUUGUUACCUUCGAUCUGGAGAUGAGCGGUAUCAGUACUCGACCAAAGUACUCUGCCGCAGAUCGAUCUCAUGAUGUUGGCAAGCCAACCCUGCAACAACAAUACGAUGAUAUGAGAAGUGCUGCAGAGACCUUUCAAGUUUUACAAUUUGGUAUCACUUGUGUUGAGGAGGAUCGUGACAAGGAGUUCUAUCUCGCUCGCCCAUACAACUUCAACGUCAACCCACUUUCAGCGGAGGGUAUUGAUCUGAGACUGGAACGAACGUUUACAUUUUCAACCAGUGCAUGUGACUUCUUGAACAGAAAUGGGUUCGACUUCGGCAAGGUCUUCAGAGAGGGUGUUCCGUACUUAUCUCGUGAUGAGGAGGAUGAGCGUCGUGCAGAACACUCACAGAGAGCUCAGAAGAACGCAUCGAUCCCUGAUAUCGUUGUUGGCCCUGAAGAUUUGUCCACUAUCGAGUUCAGCAGACUUGCUCGCAAGACCAUCACGGAUUGGCUCAAUGAUCCUAAACCCGACUUGGACUUCGUCAAUGUUGGCAGCGACGCUGGUAGUCUAAAUGGCUUCCAACGCCGGCUUGUCCACCAAUUGGUUCGAAAUGAGUUUCCCACACUUCGAACAUUCGCUCGUAACGAUGGCCACUUCAUGCAGAUUGAGCGUUUAGAUGUCAAGAAGGAGGAAGAGUUCCAGAAGAGAAAGGAUAUGCGCUUCAACAUGCUAGUCGCAAAGCAAAAAGGUUUGAGAUGGAUCUUCGAAGCGUUGAGUGGUGGCGAGUUAUCAGAUAUUGAUCCCGACUGGUUCUGCAGCAAAUCAGCCGAAGACUCAGAGGAGCAAUGGUUCAAAGUCCAACGAGAAUUCGCUGAAGUCGUCGAGACUCUACGCAACAAGAAGCAUAUCAUCGUUGGUCACAAUCUUUUCGCAGAUCUCGCUUUCCUCUUCCGAACCUUUAUUGGGCACUUACCCGUCAACGUCAAACACUUCCAAGAAGACAUCCAUGCUCUCUUCCCAUAUGUUAUUGACACUAAAUACAUCGCAACUUAUGGAGCUGAUGCCAUGAGCACCCGAUCCAAUCUCAAGGAACUUCUCGCCCCCUUACGCAAGACUCACGUUCCCCUCAUCCUGCUCCAUGAGUCACACACAACAUAUGGAGCUGAGUUCGGCAAGGAACAUGAAGCCGGUUUCGACAGUUGGAUGACAGCCGAACUAUUCGUCAAGCUCGCAGCUUCUAAGCGCUCCGAGGCUAAUGGCAGCUACGACUCCGACUCUGAAGAGUCUUCAGACAUUUCCAGCGGUGGUGUUCGUCUCAGCAAAACCGAACGCAGCUCUUCCACGAGUUCCCUUCCACCCGCCUGGCACGCAAAUCAACUCAAUACCAAUCCUUAUGCUGCCUUAAGUCUCGACUCCCCUGAGGAGAAGGAAAAAGACUCGAAGCAAUGGCUCCCUCCUUUUGAGCAUAAAUUCUGGGAUAUCUACGUCAAUAAGCUGCGUGUCAAUGCCAGCGAGGGAGGUGUCUGUGAUCUUGCUGAGCGUGAGGAUGAUGAGCGUCUCAAUGGGUUGCGUCGUCGUGCUCGUCAAGCCUUGUGAUUUUCACGACUUAUGCUUUUAUUUAUUUUCUACGAAACAAUGCAUACGUCUCUUGCAUGCAUAAGCAUCGGCGUUGUGGGAUUGGUGGCGUUUUGUGCAUAAAUGGAGUGGUGGUGGGUUAUGAGUGGACGAUGCAUUACUGGCGUUGGGAUGGAAGGAUGGAAUGGGAGGGAGGCGAGCAUCGGAAGGGCAUCAAAGCUGUUGAGAAGAGUCGCAGUUCUUUGCUACUCUUACAUACGGUCAUAUAUCAUAGGACCAACAUAGACAAUAAAAUCAUUCCAGCAGUAUCUCACUGCUAC